AUGUCGCACCAAGAGCGUGAAGCAAAGAAGAGAAAGCUUGCCAACAGCGGCGGCAAUGCUCAACAAGCGUUCCACGCCGUCAAUGUGCCGGCCCAGGAAGGAAGAGACUGGACCGUCUCUGUAGCAUUCCCCAGCAGCACAAUCGCAACUCUACCUACCGCUGAACAACGAAUGGCUGUUCCCAGCCGCAUCGCCCGCGCCCUCGCCAUCUUCUCUGUCGACGAAGUCAUCGUAUAUGACGACUCGCUUGCGUCUUCACGCCCGCACAAGACCGACACUUCUGUCUAUACCGGAGACACAGAUCCGGUCCACUUCCUCACACACGUGCUGUCGUACAUGGAAACCCCGCCGUUUAUGCGAAAGGCGCUCUUCCCCCUGCACCCAAAUCUGCGACUCACGUCCUCGCUGCCGGGUCUCGAUACGGCUCACCACCCACAUCCCAAAGAAUCAAUGCCUUAUAGGGAAGGUGUCACGAUUGUGGGAAUGACAAAGUCCAGCACUGGCACGUUGGUCGAUAUCGGCCAGGAGAAGCCCGUCGAGAUCAAGGAGGACAUUCCUCCCAAGACGAGAGUCACUCUUAAGCUUUCGGAAGACGAGUCUGAGCCAUGCGAGUGUGUGCAUCCUCAUGCACCUCGCACGGAAGCUGGCUUCUACUGGGGCUACACCGUCCGAAAGGCGACAUCCCUCUCGGCCGUCUUCACAGAGUCUCCCUAUGAGAACGGAUACGAUCUGAGCAUCGGCACGUCUGAGCGAGGAUCUCCCGCGUCCAAAGAGUUCCCGUCCUCGAAGCGUGUGCAGUUUAACCACAUGCUCAUCGUAUUCGGUGGACCGCGAGGCAUUGAGUAUGCAGCCAUGAACGACGAGGAACUUGGUGGGAUGGGCAUUCAAGGCGGGAAGACAAGGGAGCUGUUUGAUCACUGGGUCGAUGUGAUGCCGAACCAGGGCAGCAGGACGAUUCGGACGGAGGAAGCCAUGUAUAUUGCGCUGACGGUAUUGAAGCGGAUUUGGGACAAUGAGUAA